UCGAAGGAUUUUCUCUUGCUUGUUGUCAUCGAAGUUGCGGUUAAUGAGGCCAAGAGGGCGCUGUUAUGUUGAUCAGCUGUUGUUAUAUUUUUAAAUGUAGAAAAACCAAUUGCUCUUAUCACAAAGAUAACUUAUAAAUCGCAUAUAGCUUCAUCAAAUGUUGUUCAAAAAUUUAAUCGAAAAAAGAUAGAGAGGUGGUUACUGUCCUGCUGUGGCUCUUCCCAGGAUGUCUGAUGCACCUCCUACUGACAUUACGGCAACAGAAAAAGGAGAGAAUGUGUUGAAUGUUACUAAAGUAGUCUCUGAAACUGCAGUAGAUGAUGCUGUUGUUAAGCCCGUUUGUACAUCUCAAGCCAAUCAAAUCCCUAGCAAUGCACGCACUCUGAGUGGACUGCUUAGUGAAGAGAGAUUUACUGUGACCCCUUGUGAAACAGAAAAGGAAGUACAUAAUAAAAGUGAACAGUCUGAACUUGGAAGAAAGAAGAAACGGUGCCCGUGCCCAUGGAAAGCUCAGCCUCCUCCGCGGCCGUUCAAGAAAGCUCGCUAUGCGUGGCAGAUUAAAAAUUAUGAGCACACUGUGUCUCGAAUGAAGAAAGCAAUUGCUCAGCAGCCUCAAACUUUACCGUCAGGGAAUCCUGGUUCUGCAAGAGGAGCUGCUAACAUCGAUUCAAUACCAGCUACAAAUGAGACAAAACGGAGUGCAGAAUCAGCCUACUAUCCUGGUCUCUAUGGCAACCUGCCAGCUGCAUACUCUACUGGGUUUUACAACCCUCUGUUACGAUGGUCAAAAACGCCUGAAGCGUCUUGUGUUGAAAUUCCCGUUAAUCGCAUGUUACAAAAUAUGUUUUUCUCUGGCAAUGAACCAUCUUCUGGUUUGCAUCCUUUGCUCAUGAUGAGCCUUGCAGAGGGCAAUGCUGCUGCUUUCAACGAAAGCUUGAGAUGUGAAGAUCUUCCUCGAGACUGUGCCCCUCUUCUGGCUGCAGAUGUUGAGGGCGCUACUAGCCCAGGCCUACAGAGCCCUCCUACCUCUGACUACGACUCAUCCUCUGAUGAAGCCAGUCUUGGAGACGACCUCGUACCAGAUGCCCAGAUGAUGAGUCAUUUUCCUCCCUCAUAUCCCUCUCUGCAGCAGCAGCAGCAGCAACAACAUUUGAUAAGCUCUCCUCAGCAACGCCAUUACUUGUCUAGUGCAGAGAAUGCGCAUCACCAAAUGUUGCAGCACCAUCAGCACAAUCCCGUGUCAUGUGCUCAACUUCCUCACGUGAAUGCCAUGCCCGCGCGUUGCGACUCCCCUUUGGAUGUUCCUCUGAGCCAAAGAAGGCCAUACAUUGCUGACGAUCCACCAUCGCCUCAGAUAAAUUACAGCCAUCACUGCCCUGAUCAAACCAACAAUGAUACAAAUUUAGCUUUCCACAACGCUAUGAUGAACUGCCCUAUUAGCAUGACCAACCGACACCUCUUCAGCCUGCAACUCCACAACUUUUGUGAGAGAAUGCAAGCCAACAAUAACCUUUUCCAGUUCAAUCAGUCAUAUCAGCAGUACAGGAACAGUUGUGCUCGCAUUACAGAGUUCAUGGAUGAGCAAUCUAGCUUAAAUUUGCGGAAUUGUGAACAGAACAACGAUGCAACACUGGGCGACCGAGAUCUAUCCUCAGUCGCCGAUGAUUAUACCGGUCAGGUACAGCAAAAUCCCAUUAUGGAUUCUUUAGGAGAUGAAAAUUGCAGUAUUUUAAAAAAUUUGGGUCCUUCAUUACCUACAAAUACGGAUUUGCCGAAAAAUAACGGUGAUGGUCAUCAAGGUUUGCCUAAAUUAUCGAAGCUUGAUGAUGAAACGAUUAGUAACAAAGCAGGAAUUGAGGAUGUAACAGUACAGGUAAAUUCUCACGAUCCGUCGCUGAAAAAUCCUCUCUUGAUCCCUCCUGUCGAUAGAAAAAGUGAUAAUUCUCAUAAUACAGGAGGAAUAACAGAGUUUAUCGGCGCUGUCUUAGCCUCAGGUUUGAGAGACGAGUUACAGCAGCAUACUGAAACAGAAAACACUGCACUGAAUCCUCUACAGUUUGUGCCAGUAAUAGAUGCUUCACUGUCUACUACCGAUGAAUGUAAACAAAACGCCUUGUCUACGUCCAAAGAGCCAUUGGCAAAAAAUGUAAAUGAUAGCAAAAUGCUAAAUCAUGGAUGCAGUGGCAGAAGUGAUGAAGAUACUCUAAGGACUUCUGUUCAGCAGGUUGGGAAAAAUUUAACUGUGGAUUCGGUAGAGAAUGGAGACCUUCCUAGAAACGGAAUGGAUGAAAAUGUUUUCUCAGAUCCUGAAGAUGUAAGAGGCGCUGUAAAAGAAGAUUGCAAUAUUACUUUGAAUCUAAGCAAGGCUGAACAUGCCAAGCAUGCAGAUACUCGAGACUCUUCAUCAGGAAGUGUCAGAGGACUUGACCGCACUGAAGAGCUUAAAUGUGAUGGUAGCUCGGCUGUAUUGAAGUGUAAGCUUGACACUGAUGACACGGGUGACUCGUGUUCAAUUGCUAGCUUUAGUCCUAAAUGCUUAAGCUGUGUCAGUGGCUGUGAUGACUGCUCUAGAAACUUCAGUGACAGGGCUUUAGAAUCGCCAAACAAUAGAUUAACUUUGUUGACAUGCAGCUGCGUCAUAGCUAAACAAUGUUCUGACGAAGCUUCCAUUACUCCAGAGGAUGCAAGAAGUCCUCUUACCUCGAACCCAAGCCACGGUGACUGUGAUAAUCUUGGCGACGCAGAACUUUCAAGUCAAGCAGCUAAAAAGAUAGCGCUCAGAAAAGAUGACUCUUUCCCUGGUGAUGUUUCUGAACCUGGUUCAUGUUGUUCCACCCGUGAGAGGCCAGACUCAGUCGAAACGCCGCAUGAUGAUGGCGAUGUUUGCGUGAAGACAGAUGUGAAGUCGUGUUCGUCAAUCCCUGAUACUCAUGAUGAUGCUGAGGUUUCCGAAGAGAAAGCAACAUCUGCCCUCGUGCAUCAUAUCUGCGACAACAACAAUGAUAAGUUUUUCCUUGACCAAGCCUUUCAUGUGGCCAUCAAACAAGGACUAGGAUAUCAAAAGGCAUAAUUAAUUGCUAAUUUAAUCUCAAAAGGAAUUGCUUAUUAAAUUAAGGUAUGUGUACUUUGUUUCAAAGGUUAUGAUUUCUCUUGUUGUAAGAAGUGUGAAGUUUUAACCUAUACUAGCCUGAAAAUAUCCUCCAAAAUCCCGGGCUAAGAAUAUAAUGAAAGUAUUAAGAGUUGGUGUGAUUUGAAUUCGUUUUAGGUGAACUUCUGUGAAGAGAGGUAGUGAGUGCUUUGGCUUGAAUGUAUCCUGUUAGUGUUGCUCUUUGUAUGCAUAGCAAUCUUUGAUGUCAUUGAAUGAUGCACUAUGACCAACGCCCAAAAGAGAAUUAAAUCGAAUGCUUUGCUUCUACUUAAAUGUGGUACGAGGUAGUCAUAUCUGAAAUUCCUGAUAGUUACUACAACAAAGUAUAGCUUUGGCUUAGGAAGAUAUUUUAUCUACUUAUUUAUUCCAUCGCAAAUGAGUCCUCAUCUGUGUUGUGCUGUGAGUGCUUACAUCAUGUUUUCUUCCUCUCGUGAGGGCCGGUUGGUAAUCUCUACUGCUCUAGUGGUGUUUAGAUUAUCCAUUUCCCCUCCUUUACUUUUCAUGCUCCAUUUUCCAAAUUGGGAACUUAGAGACUACAACUUGUAUUUGAGUGCGGCGGUUUCCAGAUCUGUCUGUGAUGCGACUUGGUCUCACGAACUCUGGGAGCUGCGUUUGUCCCAGACCUUAAAUACUUGCUGAUCACUGUUAUGUUUUUUUGAAGGUCAUAAUGUUUUUGUGAUUUUUUCUUCCGAUCGGAGUUUUCUAUUAUGGUACCGUGUGAAGUUUGACCGUUCUGAUUCAAUUAUUAUUAGCUGUUUGCUCAUGCUUGCGACGGCUCCAACUUCUUCAUCAUGAAUUACUAGGAAAAAUAAACAUGCUAUCAAAGCUCAAUCUAAAUUUUCUUUUGUUAUAGUUUUGUACAAUUUUGAAAUCUUAGGCCAUUUCAAAGUGCUGGACAAAGUGUAAAGUAAAGAAAUUUAAUAAAGUCAGCAACGGUACGAAUAAUAAAUAAUUUCAAAUAGAAACAUUGAUUUGGAUCAAAAUACU